AUGGCGCUACCGCUGAAGCCAGGCCUGACGCCAGGCGAGGUGGCCUUUCUGUGCGAGAUGGAAACGGUGAUGGUGAUACCACGUCAGCGCCUCGAGUCUCUCGAGUUGCUAGGAGGUCCCACUAAAGCCCUCACACCUCCCUUUCCCACACCACUUCCUCUAUGGCUCGCUCUACUACUCAAACGCCAACGUCGCGCAAACAUCCUGCCUCCACCGUGGCUCAAUCCCGAGGCUCUGUCCGCUAUCCUCGACACCGAGGUCGAUCAUGAAGACCUGUUCUCUCCUCCACCUCCGCUGCCUCCUUCCAAGACGUUACCCUCGGAUCAAUAUCUGGAUCAGACAGCACUGGAAAUGUCGGCUCCUUUUCUACCUUCGAGCACUUCGAGUGCGGCACCAGAUGCCUUGCCAUACCACUGGUUGGAGCUCAGCCAUAUGCUCCUUUCACAUGCGUCCGAUGACUUUGAAGAACCCGAUACCGUCAGACGUCUGCUACGUGACCUCAAAGAAGUUCGCAUGGCCAAGCUGAGGAAGGGUGUCCGUGUUCUGGACGCAGGUGCUGGUGUUCAGAUGAAUGGUGUAGGCGCUCUAGAAAUCGCCGAAUCAAGGUCCUUUAUCGUCGGUGUCGUCGACGGUCUAAGAAAGAUCGGUGCUUCGAGAGAACAGACGCGAAAAGAAAGAGACGCCGAGGAUGCCGAGAAUGGCUAUGCGGCGAGUUCAAUCGACGACCAAGACGACGACAUGUUAUGA